GAAAAAGAAAGAAUUAUUCAAAAGAAUAAACUUAAUCAAAGUAAUAAGUUAACAACACAAAAUAAUGAAACAGCAAUUCAACAAUAUAAACCUGUUCAAGUUUCUAAUUUUAUCGAAGAUGACUAUGUAACUAAAGAAGAGACUGAAGAAGUUAUUGAAACAAAUAAUCAAGAAAAUAAAAAAUAUAAAGAAUUUGAAGAAAAAAUAGUUAAUUUGAUAGAUAAUAUUGAAUCGACUAAAGAAACUCAUGUUAAUAUUACUAAAGAUGCUAUUUCAAUUUCUGGCAAAU